AUGAGUACUCCUCGCGUGCUGAUCCUAGGCGCUGGAAGCCUGGGAAUUGUCCUGGGGGCCUUCCUCCACAAGUCCGGUACGGAAGUUGUCUGCGUCUGCCGCUCAAACUACGAAGCCGCAAAGAACCAUGGGUUCAAGGUUAAGUCGACCGUGCUGGGAGCCUACACGUACCAUCCCCAAGUCGUGAAUUCCGUCCCAGAGGCCCGAGGACUGGCUGAUAAACCAUACGACUACAUUGUCAUUGCCACCAAAGCGUUCCCGGAUGAAGACCCCUCGCCUGUUAAAGUGAUCAGUGAAGCAGUAUCGACAACGCAAACCACUAUCGUGCUAGUCCAGAAUGGCAUCGGAAUCGAAGAAGCCUACCGGAAACGCUUCCCUACAAACCUUAUCAUCUCCGCCGUGGCCUACAUGCCUUCGACACGAGUUUUCAGCACCGAGGUUAUUCAAACCGAAAGCCAACGUAUUUUGACGGGUGCUUAUCCGAGCCACUCAGCUUCAGCUGCUGGUGAGGCUGGAGAUAGGAUACGCAGGUUCACGGAUAUGCUCCGUGCUGGAGGGGCGCAGAGCGAGAUUCACGCAGACAUCCAGGUUGAACGGUGGAAGAAGCUGAUUGGAAACGCCACCUGGAACCCAAUCUGCGCUUUGUCUCGGUGUCGCGAUGUGGAGCUCCUGAGGAUUAGUGAUAUUUCGGGCGACUUCAUUGAGGCCGCUAUGUAUGAGGUUGUGACUGUGGCUCGCACUCUGGGCUACGGUGACCAGGUCAACGAGGAGGUUGUCAAGGCCCAGAUGCGACGGAGUGCUGUCCGACCAGAUCCGGGUGUUCAGCCUAGCAUGAUGGCUGAUAUGCUUCACAAUAGCAAGAUGGAGGUUGAGGUUAUUGUGGGCAAUGUUGUGAGACUAGCAAGGAAGAAUUGUGUUGCUGUACCGAGACUACAGACUCUGUAUGUACUUGUUUCUGGUCUGAACUGGAGCAUAUCUCAGAAAACGAGGAGCGGAUGA